AUGAAGAACUCCAUAAGAUUUUUUCUACUACUGACUGUUACUAUUACAACAAAUGCUUUACCAACUACAAAAAUUGUUGGUGGUCAUGAUGCAACAGUUGGAAAAUAUCCUUAUCAAGUAUCUUUACAAACUUCAUUUGGCUAUCAUCGAUGUGGUGGUUCAAUAAUCAACAAAAAAUGGAUCCUAACAGCUGCUCAUUGUUUUCAAAGAACAAAGCCAAGUGAUGUUUUAAUAAUGGUUGGAUCAAAUUCAUUGAUAAAUCCGGGUAAAAUAUAUAAAGUAGAAAAAAUAAUAAUAAAUGAUUUUAAUCCAGUUAAGAGAACAGGUGAUGUUGCACUUAUCAAGUCACUUGAUGAUAUUAAAUUUGAUGAAUUUGUUCAGCCAAUUAAUAUUACAAGCAAGAACUAUGAUGAAGCUGGAUAUUCAGUUGUCUUGACUGGUUGGGGACACAAUGCUAAUAGAACAAGAUCAGAUCAACUUCAAGAAAUUGAGCUACAGAUUGAUAAUCAAUAUCAUUGUCAUCGAGUGUGGCGAAUAACUGAUGGUGAAAUUUGUACAUUGUCUAAAAUCAAGGAAGGUGCAUGCAGGGGUGAUUCUGGUGGUCCACUUGUUGCUGAUGGUGUUCAAAUUGGUAUUGUGUCUUAUGGUGAACCAUGUGCAAAGGGUAUACCAGAUGUUUUCACGCGGGUUUAUUACUAUCGUGACUGGAUUGAGCAACACAGUAAAUUGUAA